CGAGCACUUUUCCAGAGCUUGAAAGGUUUCGUUGAGUUUGUCCAGUUUGCUGCUGCAUUCCUUCUGACGGAUAAGUGUCAUGAAAAUAAAUUGUACAUGAGAUGGUGUGCUUACCUUUUUUCAACUUGGAGCCUUCUGAAUCGUGCAACAGAGGGCGGUAUUGUAAAAGAGUACUUUAAAGAAGGACUCGAGCCUAACUAAAUCGCUUCUGAGUGCCUGUUCCUGUUAUUUUAUUUUAUUGCUCUUUACUUCAGCAAGUGUAAAAGUUUUACACGUUGCUGAUUAUUGUUGUGUGAGAAUAUAUCAGUAUAGGCAAGCGCCUCAUGACUGUUUGUUCAGUGGUCUUUGAAGAUGCUGUUUCCUGUUCAAUCAAUGUCACGAUGUCGUUGGCUGGUUGUAAAUUGGCUCGAAGAGAGAGCUGUUACUCCGCACUGGUAUUUCGCUCUACAUUACCUACCAUUCGCAGUGUGUCUUUCACUCAACUGUUCCCUUUCUCGCUCGCGAUAUUUUGAAAGACUUACAAGUUGGCAUCCCAAGUUUCCUCUAGUGAUACUUAUCUGUGUUCCUUACAUAUAUAUCUAGCUUCCGACCACGGUCCUGUCCGAGUCUCUGCUCGCAUCUUAAUCGCUUAGUAUAGUCGCUCCCACUGCCCUAUCCCGUUACGUAAAUCGAUUCCUGCGACAUCAUAUUUAACGACGGCACCUGCAAUACAAAACAAUGUCAUCAUCUCCACUAUGCCAGGCACACCCCACGAUUAGCCUAUAGCACUUGCCGGAUGCUACGCUUUUUUUUUUUCCAUCUUAACAUUUUCCUGGAUGUCCUUGAAUGCGCGUAUAAUGGCACGAUGUUAAGCACGACGCUGGUAGUGUAGAUAGGACCAGCUUUCCUUCAUUUUUUUUUCCUUAAUUAUAAAGCAUGCGCUAUAAAAGAGCCGAUUAAUUACCCAUUAUGGACAGUGUAAAGUUGUAAACAUGUCAACUAAGUCCCACUGACAGGCAUUUGCACGUGGUUUGUAAUCUCAUUUCCUCCUGGGAAGCCGUGCACUCUUCCCAGGCUUAGUAUAGAAACCUUAUACGAAGCUUUCAAAGCUGCUGGCACGGUCCUGUUGAGACGCGCUGUAUUAGGUGGGCAUCAAUUUCUGCUGUUACGUGUUCUGCGGUGUUUAUAUGAGUACACUGAGUACCUCGUGAGCGUUAUGUUAUCAUAUAUAAGCGCGAAAGAUAAGCCUACUGUGGCUUAUCUUUCAAACUUUCGCAAGGUAAUGAAGCUACCUGUUUCUUGUUUAAUGUGGUACGAAAAACUGUUAUGACACUCGUCGUCUGCGCGUUUCUUUAUAUUCUUUUUCUGUCUAAUAGCAGAAAUUCAAUAAAAGAGUUUAACUUUAACGUAAUCCCGGCUCAGCUUUAGGCACCAUCUUAACGCGUGAGCAGAGUUGGACGACACGAAUAUGGUUCAGUCAAUGCAUUCUAAAACUACACGGCAUUAAUCAAGAAACUCCACGGCAUCAAAGCCAAACAACAUGUUCAUGUCCUGCUUGGUCCCGACGAAUUACUGCGCUGUGAUACUUAUGACUAAUUAUGACCACCUUUCUCUCGAAGAUAGUCGACAUACUACCUGAACGGCGAUACUCGGCGAAUGUACUUUCUUCUAAGCGAAUCCCCAAUCAAGUUUUCUCUGUCUAUCUCAGUUCUAGGAUGCCCAUUCGUAAGCGAUGUACAGCAAUAUGGCUCAACCAUUACAAGGUUUUAUUCACUCGUAAUUUCACUCCUAGUCGUUGUUGUGUUGAUAUUCUCAACCUCAAUAAAAUCUACAUUGAGACAGCGUCA